AUGCCAGAUACCAUUUCUCUCGAUUCAUUCGAUACAAAAGAUAGAGUUCUCGAUGAACUCUACACUCUUGUUCGCGAUGGUUUAACAGAUCAACUUCUUAGUCAACUGACCAACUUAUCCAAUCGAACAGAAUAUUUGACCUCGGUGAAUUGGUAUGGCCAAGAACAACUAAGCUUACUGAUGGUAGCUGCUCUUCAUGGACACGAAGAUAUAGUUCGUAUUCUAUUUGAACAUUGCGAACCCAAAUAUCAAGUAGAACUCGAAGGAACAAUCAUCCUUGAUAAUCAGACAAUUCUCGAAGGUGUUACUGCUCUCUAUUGCGCAUGUUAUCGAGCGAAAUUUCCCGUUGCUCGAUUAUUGAUCGAAACCGGCCGAGCAAAUACUAAUCAUAGUACUUUGGAUGAACCUUACCAUCCUCUAUUGAUUCACGCUACGCGAAUGAAUCGUCUUGACAUCGUACAAUU